GUAAAUCAAUCGGGUUUAUUUUUCGAAUAUUUUAAUCAAAGGUCACAAAGAUAAAACUCAGCUGGAGUGUACUAAAUCGUGUGACCCGCGACACGAGAAGCUUUAAAAUGGAGGUAUAUCAAUUUAUGAAGAUAUUAUUAUGGAUCUAGCUAUUUUUUUCUCAGGUAUCAGAGGUAAAUUCUGUUUAUUUGCUCAUUCCUUUUAUUUGAUAUUGGUGAUAGUGCCAAAUUUCCAUGUGCGCGUAAAUAUCAGUCAGGGCUGACCUCUCUAGUAGCGCGCACCAGGGACUGCUGAAAUUUACCUAAUGCAAAUGUAAUUUACACUAUGAGCGAUGGAGCCGCCUUUUGGAAAAUUGUAGGGACUGUUGAAUUCUACAAGACGUUCGAUACAAAGUUGUUAGUAUACGCGGGUUUACUUGUAAAUUCUUAAAAAUUAUAUACCUCUCUCUGUUGUCGGGUACGUCUUGUAGGCGAGUGAAGCUGUCAUUGAAUCUUCAACACAUUUUCAUGUGAGUCCUGAGUGUAAUAUUCUUAUCAUGACAGUUACAGGAACAGUUCUUUAGUUUUAGUUGUUAGUAUUAUACAAAGGACAAAGUCGUUCAAUUUUUUUUCUAGUAGCCUUUGAACGACCCAAAGAGUGUACUACUGAAAGAAUAAAAAGCCAAGAAUAAUGUCUAUCAUAAUUCGUAUAUAAAAAAUAAUCAUUUUAACUCUGCAUUUAGUCCGUUCAAGAGUUAUUUUUUUUCUCGGGCGCCCCACGGCAAAAAAAAAAAAAAAAAGAAAAAAAAAAAUUGCGAAGAAAUAUGUUUGUGUCUUUCCCAAGGGUGCGCCACGCCGUUGAUACUUUAAGGAUUUUUCUUUAAGGAUCUCUCAAAUCCUUUUAAUACUUUUGGUUAUUACUUUUGCUUGGCAUCUCGACGAACUCACGAAAAAAAAUCGAGGGUCUGUACGAAAACAGACUACUUUGCAUUGUAGAUACGGCUAACGUCUUUGUGGGACUGGACUGAUUGAUGUCUCACAUUUGAAACGUUAUGUCAUUUUGACAGUCCGUUGACAGAUCUUCGCGCUGUGCCCCCUCAAUAAUAAACCUGAAAAACGGCACGCACCACUGCCAAACCUGUGGACUUCUCUGAACAGUUUCAAUUGAAAAUAAAAGUGCAACUUGGAGACCGUCACUACUCUCUAAAAAGGUAAAAUCGCAAAAUCUCGUUUCCCCAAAACUACCUAAAUUGCGUGAAUCAGUGAAUGCUUUUGUUAUGUGGACGUGACAUUACCCAUGUCGCUCACGCGCCAAACAUGACGCAAUAAAACGCGCUAACUGUUGUCUUGACAACGGCCAUAAAGGCCACCUUGGGGAAAGAGGAAAAUGGCCGCUGUAGAGAGGUCGCUGCUGUCUAGAGGUGGCCGUUGUCGAGAAGUGGCCGUUGUAGAGAGGUGACCGUUAGCUAGCGGAGAAUCGACUGUAUAUGAAAACGACAAACGGCAAAAACUGUCUCUGAUCUUGUUUUGUUUUCCAUUAAUUCUAAGUCCAUCCAAGCCAAAAAUAAAGAAAACACCCUUAUCUACAGCAAAUACCAUUAUUCUAAGUUACGUUUGAAAUAGAUGGGAACAGCAAAAGUUUUUGCCGUCCGUAGACGUCAUACUUAACCUCUGUAAUGUUCAUGCCCACGCGAUAGUGAAAAUCAGUUGACCUUUACAGCUGGCACUCCCUCAAUAUAAUUCUGUAAGGAUGUGAAUUUACAUUGAAUCAAGGACAAUUAGGGUUUAUUUUAUAAGUUUUCAAUGUUUGCUUAGAAAAAUUCAAAUGGAAAAACGAACAGAAGAGGGCUUUUCCCUCCGUACGUAUUCCGACCUAUCAGUCGCCUAAAGCGUAUAUAUCGAGGAUUAGCGAAACACCUUUUUCAAUUUUUUUUUUUUUGACUGAAUUUAAAAUUUUCUAUGGAAAGGGUUUUAUUCAUGGAUACAUGAAAUCUCGGCUGAUUCUGAUCACGUGCCCAGUACGAAACUCUAUAGAAGACAUCAACCGGCUUUAACCAGUUCAGUUCGGCAGAGUAACUUAUCAGUGUCCUUUAAAGCCGGGGUAGCUUCUUCCAGGCGCUCAGUUAGAUAAUAGAGGCUAUGGAGCUCUUAAAUGCAAGUACACUGGGUGGAACUUUGCCGUUUCCCAGUUUCCCGGGACUUUCGGAAACUAAAAUUAAUUGGAAACUGAAGCAAGAAAGUGAAGCGAGCGGCCGAAAUCCAUUACAAUACAAUACAAUACAAUACAAUAACUUUAUUUAUACAGCGAGUUACACUCUCGACGGCUCGUUUCUAUUCCCUACCCGGCUACGUCGCAGGUACGGAUUCAUCAGUUAUGUUGUCCUUGACGCGAAUCACAGAGAAAAGUCGUCUGAUUGUUCGAGAUUCACAAGAAAUGAAGCCAAGCAAGAUGCCCUGGACUAUUCUGUUUCUCAUUCUUGUGUUUCUUCAAUUUGCGGGCCUCCCUGGACUGGUGCUGUAUUGUCUUCAAACCUUCUCUUGUGGCAAAAAUAUGAAACAUCCUCAUUACAACUGUGCGAAUGGCACUUUCGUUGCCUACAACAUAGCUAUGACGGUGGAACUAGCCUUUGCUUGCACCGAAGUUCUUAGCCGCGCCAUAUUCAUCUGUUUCUGCUUGAAAUUAAAGGGAUGGAAAGGAAUAUUGGAAAUUUUUUGGCGACUGUGUAAAGUCGCUCGAAUGUGGCUUUUAGCUCUGAUUUGCAGCCUCUGUAUAGUGCGCUUUGGUAGCAUUCUGUACUGGGUCGCUGAUUUAGGGAAUAUAGCCAAGGCAAUCAUCGGAGUGUACAUUGUAGACGCCUUAGAAAUAACCAUUGUUGUGGCUACAUUACAUGAUGUAAAGGUUGAAGAUUUAACUGAAGACAAUCUUGGUAUCACCAAAAGAAAACAUCUCACUCUCCUCUUCAGGUGCGUGCUUGUAAGUUUCUGGUUGCAGUAUUUUGUCUACUUGAUUAUCGUUUCCAUCCAGUUGGCUUUUGAUGUAUCUGAGGUGGACCCAGAGUUUGUGAGAGAGGAUUUCAAGAGAGCUUUAAAUCUGCUAAGGAAAUCUGCACAGUUUGUUUUCAUGAACCAAAUAAGCGGUCACCUUUGGUCUGCAUUAUUUGCUGAUGACAAAGCGAGGGCCAACAAGAACAAGAAGAGAGCGCAAAGGAACGAGAUAGAACUAAUGGAGGCUGGGGAUUGGAGAUAAGGCCCCUGACUGUGAAAUUAAAAUCUGGACUGCUCUUCCUGAGAUUGCAAAUUUAAUCAGGUCUGCCCGCCGUUUACCUCCGGGGAGAGGGGGGAGGGGGGGGGCUCCCAUUUAAAAAGGACGGGGGUGCUCGUCGUACCUUCUAGGGGUUAAAAUAGCGGUUUUGGUACAUCUUGCGGUGUUCUUGACCCUCAAAAGGCUCACAGCGUGAACUUUUGCGGUAUCUUUUAGGGUAUUUAGCCGAAAAAAUAUGACAGGAGAUAAUU